CUCCGCCUCCCUCCGCUACUCUCCAUCGCCGGCGGCCGCUUCCACCCGACGGGGAGAGAAAGCGAACGAUGCCGCGGACGAGCGUGGUGGAGAGCCCCGGCUGCCCGCCGCUCCGGGCCCUCACCACCGACAUCCUCGGCCUCAUCAAAGUCGUGGAGGCCCGCACGAAGCCAGAGGGCGUCGCCAAGGUCGUCGAGACGUGGGGCGCACCCGACGCGUCCCGUGCCGUCCUCGCCGCCUCACUCGCCGACCGCGCCGUCGAUCCCGUUUUGGCCGUGGCAAGGAAGAACGGCGUGGUUGAGCUACUGAAUCCCCUGAAUGGGGAUACUCUGGCAGGCGUCAAGGCUGCCGGGCCAGCACCCGCUGAUAGUUCUGCAGAAGAGGACCCCUUAGCCACGCUGCAUCUGUUCAGAAGACAUGCGCCGGACUCGUCCAUGUUAGGCACAUUUCUUACUUGUACAGAGAAGGGGAAAGCAUAUGUGAAAUCUGUUGAGAAGGAAAAUGCAGCCUCUGAUAUGGCUGUUGGGCCAUCAAGCUCAUGGGAUGUGAGCAAUUCGGGUGUAGUGCAAUUUUCUUCGGUGGAUGCUGGUGAAAGCUAUGUGAUGUUUGGAGGGAAAGGAAUAGAAGUCAACAUGUGGGAUAUCACAUCUUGUAGUAAGAUAUGGUCUGCUAAAUCUCCCCGAGGCAACAGUCUUAAGAUAUUUACCGCACCUUGGUUCACUGCCGGAACUUUUUUGUGCAAGGAUGAUCAUCGUAAAAUUGUAGCCUGCACAAAUAAUCAUCAGGUUCGCUUAUAUGAUACUGCUUCCCAAAGAAGACCUGUCAUUUCAGUUGAUUUUAGGGAGUCACCAAUCAAGGCGGUUGCUGGGGAUCCAAAUGGGCAUGCUGUCUACAUUGGAACAGGAAGAGGGGACCUUGCUUCAUUCGAUAUGAGAACAGGAAAAUUACUUGGAUGCUUUGUUGGUAAAUGCAGUGGAAGUAUUAGAUCUAUAGUUAGACAUCCAGAGCUACCUUUGAUAGCAUCUUGUGGGCUGGACAGUUACUUGCGCAUCUGGGACACAGAUACAAGACAGCUGCUCUCUGCGGUCUUCCUCAAGCAACAUCUAACUUCUGUGGUUAUUGAUUCACAUUUCUCCACUGAAGAACUCGAGGAAACUAAAUCGAAGCAGCCAGAUCCUUCAGUUGAGGCUGAGGCAGAAGUCAGAAAGCAAAGAAAGGAAAAGAAGAACAGAACGAGUGAAGAUGGAACUAGGAUGCUCGACCAUAAUGACAAUGACGCUGAAAUGCAUGCCCCAAAGAGAAAGAAAUCUGGUGAAAAAAGCAAAGGGAUGAAAAAGAAAAGCAAGAAGCAGCAAGUUGCAUAGGACGAGGAGCAUGCUGGAAUCAGUGCUGACCAGUUUUGACCUUUGAGUAAGGUGCUUGCCUUUCACUCGAUUUUGUAUAAUGGAUAUCAUUUGUAUUGGAGUGUAUUCAAACUCGAACAAUACCAUUCGGAUUCUCGUGCCUUCAAAUAUUUUACUUGGCCAUUUUACUAUGCCUUCGAGUGAUAUAAAAGAAAUCUCGUAUUCCUUGUUUGUGUGCUAGGCAGCUAGCUCGUCUUAACGCUUUAAGCCACAGGGUAUAGUUUUGAUCAAAGUGUUACCUUACUGUGUAAACUGGUACUGUCACGAAGCUGUUCAAAUCUGAACCCGGCUGGUAGAUUCAUGUCAGUUUCCGACCAUUCAUGU